GGGGGGCCCCAGCGCCGAUGCGAGAAAUCCGCGCGGGCCUCCGAGUUUUUAUGUUGACGUCAUUGUUCGUUCCCCUCGAUUUCUCCAUGCCUCGAGGAGGUCUCGGGGGCCCCGUUGGUGGGGGGGCCGGCGGGUUCGAGAAGUACAACGCCGUGUGCCGCGGCGGGCCACUGCAGGGCGAGCCCAGCAGGGUCAUGCACGCCCGCUUCCUCGGCCUGUGCGGCGGGCCUGGCGCGGCGGCCGCGGGCGACGGCGGCCAGGCGGCGGUGGCGAACCGGUACACGACCACCAUCCACGUCCUGGCGUCCGCGCUGGUCAAGGCUAGCAAGAUGUCCAAGGUCUGCACCGUGAUGCGCGGCACGACUGGGGGCCGGCUCCCAGAGAGGUUCUGGAGGGAGGACGAGUCCGGUGUGAGGGGCGGCAUUGAGUUCGGCUUCAUGAGCACCACAACGGAUCGCACCGUCGCCAUGCAGUACGCGUCGGAUCCCACCAAGGGCGCGGGUACGGUGCUGGAGAUCCAGACCGGCAUGAUCGACAAGGGUGCCGAGCUGUCUUGGAUUUCCCAGUACCCUCACGAGAAAGAGCUGUGCUUCCCGCCGCUGACCAGCAUGCAGGUCCUCGGCACCUCGGUGGAGGGCACAGUCUUGGUGGUCUCCCUGCGCCUCAAUCUCAACCUCACCUCCUCGACCAUCGAGGAGGUGAUCGGGAAGAGGCACAAAGUCGCGAGAGACAUGUGCAGCAACCUGCAGGCCGAGGCGAAGAGAGAGCUGGGACGACGGGCGGCGGAGGAGCUGCGGAUGCAUGAGGCGGCGUCGCAGCACGGCGACCUGCAGAGCACGGUCUUGAGGCGGCUGGAGGGCGAGCUGGGCGCCAUCUGCAGCAACGAGGCCGACUCGUUCAACAACGACAGCAGGUUCCAGGCCUACCUGAAGGACGCGCUGGACCUGAAGCAGGCGGCCGUGCAGGCCAUGGGGCUGCUGAGCGGUGGGUGGGCCCAGCUUGCCCCGGAGGCGCAGACGGUGGGCCCCACCCUGCGCAGGCUGCUCGCGGAGGAGGGCCCUCAGGAGGCGCAGGAUUCCCUGAAGGCGCUGGAAAGGCUGGCGGCCGCCCAGGCCAAGUCAAGGUCUACCGACGUCUCCGCUCGCGAGGCGGCCUGCGAGGAGCUGGCCGCGUGCGCGCGCGAGGGCAGCGCGGCCGCGGACGGGGCCCUCCUGCUGCUGGCGGAGGUCGCCCGUGGGGACUCGGACGAGUGCAUCCGCGAGAAGGCGACGAAGGCCCUGCCCGCCUGCUGCGAGCGAGACGGCCCCGAGCGCCACGCGCGGGUCCUGGAGCUGCUGGCUGGGCUCGCCGCCGAGGCGCAGAGGAAGAGAACUUCGAGGAUGCGGACUCCGACGUCCGCGCGGCGGCGGCCGAGUGCCUGCCAACCUGCUGCAGGGCGGGCGGCCCCGAGCCCACCGCGCGGGUCCAGGAGCUGCUGGCCGGGCUCGCCAAGGACCCGGAGUGGGAGGUCCGCACGGGGGCGGCCAAGG